AUGAAGGUCGUGAACGUCGGCGUCAUCGGCGCGGGCCGCAUCGGCCUCGUGCACCUCGAGGCCAUCGCCCAGUGCCAGGACGCCAAGUGCCUCAUCAUCAGCAACCCCACGGUGUCCAAGGCCGAGGCCGCGGCGAAGCAGUACUACGUGCCCGAGUUCUCCGCGGACGCGGACGACGUGAUCAACCACCCCGACGUCGACGCCGUCUGGAUCUGCUCGCCGUCCUCCUUCCACGCGGACCAGAUCAUGAAGGCCGCCGCCGCGGGCAAGUCCAUCUUCUGCGAGAAGCCCAUCGCGACGGACCUGCCCGAGACGAUCGUCGCGAUCAACAAGUGCGAGGAGGCCGGCGUCAAGCUCAUGACGGCGCUCCAGCGCCGCUUCGACCCGAACUUCGCGCGCGUCAAGGAGGCCAUCACCAAGGGCGAGGUCGGCGAGCCCAUCGUCGUCAAGCUCUGCUCGCGCGACCCGAGCCCGCCGCCGUUCGAGUACGUCAAGGGCGGCGGCGGCAUCUUCAAGGACAUGGCCGUCCACGACCUCGACAUGAGCCGCCACCUCAUGGGCUCCGAGCCCAUCGAGAUCCUCGCCUCGGGCUCCUGCCACAUCGACAAGCAGAUCACGGAGCUCGAGGGCGCCGAGGCCUACGACACCGCGAACAUCAUCGUCCGCUACGCGAACGGCAAGGAGGCCAUCAUCGACGUCUGCCGCCAGGCGCCCUACGGCUACGACCAGCGCGCCGAGGUCCUCGGCACCAAGGCCAUGAUGCAGACGGACAACAUGUACCCGAACACCGCGCGGCUCUACGCCGCCGACUUCACGGGCAACGCGGACCUGCCCUACGACUUCUUCAUGAGCCGCUACAAGGAGGCCUACAAGCAGGAGACCCUCGCCUUCAUCGACGCCCUCGUCAACGACAAGCCGUCGCCCUGCUCCGGCGAGGACGGCCUCAUCGCGCUCAUCAUGUCCAUCGCCGCGGGCAUCUCCGCGGAGGAGCAGCGCUGGGUCAAGUUCUCCGAGGUCGCCGCCUCCGUCAAGUGCGACGAGGACGGCUGCAUGAUCGUCGACCUCGACGAGGACGCCCUCAAGGAGGCCCAGCAGAAGGACGAGUUCGUCGACAAGGUCAAGGAGGUCCUCCCCAACAAGGAGGAGAAGUCGGGCUGGAGGAAGGUCUUCUCCCGCUAG